CUGGUCGUAUCAAAGAUGAUGAGUCCUGCGUUUGUUCCUCAAAUGGGUUCAUUUUUGCCUCCGGCAUAUGAAUUGAUUCCUAAUAGAGUUUUUGUUGGUGGUUUCCCCCCACAAACUACUGAGGCUGAACUACGAGAACAUUUUGCUCCUUACUUUUUUAUUCGUGAAGCGAAGGUUGUUAGAGCUACUGAUGGAAUUUCGAAAGGAUAUGGAUUUUUGACACUUGAAACAGAGGAAGACGCAGAUGCAGUUCGUGAAAUGGAUCCGGAGAAAUUAAUGUUCAAGGGGAGAAAACUGAACUUAGGACCAGCGCUCCGGAAAAUUAAAACCGGGUCAGAAUAUGCUAUUGCCACUCCAGCUGGGCUGGUUCAGUCCGGAGGAUAUGGAAGUUAUGGUUACCCAGUACCUCAGCAGCACUAUGUGAUGGCUCAGCCUCAUUUUGUUUUUAACACUCCCUCUCAUCAAAUACCUGCUGCCUAUCCGAUGAUGUACACUGUUAGUGGCUCGCCAACACAGGAAAAUCAAAUGAACGUUCCUAUGCACCAACAACCUAUCCAAAAUGGAGAAAUGGUUAAUACUUCUUCACCCAUGAAGACUGCUAAUGCACCUCCUCCCCAGCCUCAAUGCAUGCCUUAUUAUUAUGUCCCAGUUCAGCCAUCGACUCCCGUUAAUAACAGCCUCCGUCCUAUGAUGAAUCCUCCUUAUUAUUCCGCCACCCCCGAAGGAUUGUUGACUCCAAUCAGUGCUCCACCGACUGGAUAUCCAAAUCCUCACGGGACUACAGCUCAAAACUUUUUCUACAAUCAAAACAUGGCAUCUGGAGAUAAUAAUAUGCAACAAAAUGAGGAACAACCUUCCCAGCAAGGACAAAGUGUUUUCUAUACUCCACCACAACGCCCCUACGCUGCAGUUGUUGCUUCCAACAAUAAUUCUAUGACUCCUUCUCAGGAGAAUGUUAGUGUAUCUGAAGGUCCUCGCCAUCCUUCAGCUGUACGCCGUAUUAAUCUCUUCAAUGACCAAAAUAAUGCUUCAGGCAAAAAUGUGAACACCAAUGGAAAUGCAACUGCUGGAGGUUCUUUCACUACUCCGGUUAGACUGGAAUCGCGUCAAAGAGGCCCUGAUGGUCAGUAUAGAAAUAAUAACACUUCCAAGAAUCCGCAACAUAUGCGUUAUAUCCGGCCUCCACCUUCUGAUAAGUGUUCGCCAAGCCGUUUAAAAAAUAAGAAGGUUAACGGAGAGACAUUGCCUGCAUACGUGUCGGACAUCACCAAUCAGUUCUCUGAACUUCAACUUUCCUCGAAAAACACCGAUGGAUCGGAUAUCAGCCUCACAUCCUUAGGUACAGUUAACAAAACCCAAACGUCUGAAACCAUCCGUGUUGACAAUAGUAAUAAUCCUAACGAGGUAACCUCUUCCUCCGUCUUCUAA